CUAGAAGUGAAGCCAACAGAGUUUAAUACCUCAGCUUGUCAGCUCUAUUGACAAUUUUUUUGGUCAAAUCAAAUCGAUCAAAUUCAAUUGCAGAUUGAAUUCUGAUACGAUCCCAUAAAAUCGGUUUAGCAAUAAAGGAUUAACAAUAUUUGCCAAAUAAUUGGAUACACGCAAAACGCAAGGAUUUUUUAUAUAUAUAAAAACGCGUACAACAAUCCCAAUUUAGUGGUUUAAUUGUGCUCAAAAUGAGGAGCGCAUUUUUGAUUUUGGCGCUAUGCGUCGCGGGGAUUUAUUCCAACGCAAGCGAAAAUAAUCUAGUGAGACAAAAACGUGCUGAUGGUUAUGAUUAUCCAAAGCCAAUUGUGCCAUUCCCCGAACCAGUGCGUACAACUCAGCCACCAACACGCCCACCAACCCGUCCACCAACUCGUCCACCCACAACUUAUUUGCCACCAACGAAUAAGCCCCAGCCUCCAGUAACAACUACACGGCCACCAACUCGGCCACCAACAAGAGCUACACCACCACCAACCCGUCCACCAACUCGUCCACCAUCAACUUAUUUGCCACCAACAAAUAGACCACAACCUCCAGUAACAACUACACGUCCACCAACUCGUCCACCAACAAGAGCUACUCCACCUCCAACUCGUCCACCAACUCGUCCACCAACUACACCUGUACAACGUACGACUUACGUAUACACUACUCCACGAGUUCCAAUCACAUACCCAACAACUGCAAGGCCAACAACCCGAGUAGUAACAACUACAGCUAAACCAAAACCAACAGGAUAUGAAUAUCCAACACCAAAAACACCAUUCGAAUUACCAACUACUACUAGGCCAACAAUCAGAGUAACAAAUAAGCCUCAACCACCAAUUACGACUCGUCCACCAACACGUCCACCAACUACACGUGCUACAACUCCAGCACCAACAUAUUUACCACCAACAAAUAAACCACAACCACCAGUGACAACAACACGUCCACCAACCCGUCCACCAACAAGAGCUACCCCACCACCAACAAGAGCAACACCACCACCAACUCGUCCACCAACCCGUCCACCAACAACUUAUUUGCCCCCAACUACACGUGCAACUCAACCACCAACACGACCACCAACCCGUCCACCAACUCGCCCUCCAACUCGUCCACCAACACGUGCUACUACUCCAGCACCAACAUACUUACCACCAACAAAUAAACCACAACCUCCAGUGACAACUACUCGUCCACCAACCCGUCCACCAACAAGAGCAACUCCACCACCAACAAGAGCAACACCACCCCCAACUCGUCCACCAACACGUCCACCAACUCCACCACCAACUCGUCCACCAACCCGUCCACCAACUCCACCACCAACACGUGCUACAAGUACCCCAGCUCCAACUUAUUUGCCACCAACAAAUAAACCACAACCUCCAGUAACAACAACUCGUCCACCAACCCGUCCACCAACAAGAGCAACUCCACCACCAACUCGUCCACCAACACGUCCACCAACAACUUAUUUGCCUCCCACUACAAGAGCAACUCAACCACCAACUCGUCCACCAACCCGUCCACCAACAACUUAUUUGCCACCAACCACAAGAGCAACUCAACCACCAACCCGUCCACCAACUCGUCCUCCAACACGUCCUCCACCAACUUACUUGCCACCAACAAAUAAACCACAACCACCAGUAACAACUACACGUCCACCAACUCGUCCACCAACAAGAGCAACUCCACCACCAACUCGUCCUUCCAGUACUCCAGCACCAACUUACUUGCCACCAACAAAUAAACCACAACCACCAGUAACUACAACUCGUCCACCAACCCGUCCACCAACAAGAGCUACUCCACCACCAACUCGUCCACCAACUCGUCCACCAACCCGUCCACCAACAACAUAUUUGCCCCCAACUACACGUGCAACUCAACCACCAACACGACCACCAACUCGUCCACCAACCCGUCCACCAACAACUUAUUUGCCCCCAACUACACGUGCAACUCAACCACCAACACGACCACCAACCCGUCCUCCAACUCGUCCACCAACACGUGCGACAACUCCAGCACCAACAUACUUACCACCAACCAAUAAACCACAACCUCCAAUAACAACAACUCGUCCACCAACCCGUCCACCAACAAGAGCAACUCCACCACCAACAAGAGCAACUCCACCACCAACUCGUCCACCAACCCGUCCACCAACUCCACCACCAACUCGUCCAUCAAGUACUCCAGCUCCAACUUAUUUGCCACCAACAAAUAAACCACAACCACCAGUAACUACAACCCGUCCACCAACUCGUCCACCAACAAGGGCUACUCCACCACCAACAAGAGCAACUCCACCACCAACUCGUCCACCAACCCGUCCACCAACAACUUAUUUGCCCCCAACUACACGUGCGACUCAACCCCCAACACGGCCACCAACCCGUCCACCAACCCGUCCACCAACUCGUCCACCAACACGUGCUACAACUCCAGCACCAACAUACUUGCCACCAACAAAUAAACCACAACCUCCAAUAACAACAACUCGUCCACCAACCCGUCCACCAACAAGAGCUACUCCACCACCAACUAGAGCUACUCCACCACCAACUCGUCCACCAACACGUCCACCAACUCCACCACCAACUCGUCCACCAACCCGUCCACCAACUCCACCACCAACACGUGCUACAAGUACCCCAGCUCCAACUUAUUUGCCACCAACAAAUAAACCACAACCUCCAGUAACAACAACUCGUCCACCAACCCGGCCACCAACAAGAGCAACUCCACCACCAACUCGUCCACCAACACGUCCACCAACAACUUAUUUGCCUCCCACUACAAGAGCAACUCAACCACCAACUCGUCCACCAACUCGUCCACCAACCCGUCCACCAACAACUUAUUUGCCACCAACUACAAGAGCAACUCAACCACCAACCCGUCCACCAACUCGUCCACCAACACGUCCUCCACCAACUUACUUGCCACCAACAAAUAAACCACAACCUCCAGUAACAACUACACGUCCACCAACCCGACCACCAACCAGAGCGACUCCACCACCAACAAGAGCAACUCCACCACCAACUCGUCCACCAACCAGACCACCAACACCUCCUCCAACGACCAAACAUCCUGGUUACAAUUACCCCGUACCUAGCAUUCCCUUCGAGUACUAAGCUCUGUUUGUCAAACUGCUGUAACGCUGCACAUAUAUUUCAACUGUGAAGCAGCGUUUAGUGAUAAUGAUCACUGCCUUUAAGUCUAGCAAAAUGGUACCAUCUAUUUGUCUAGGGCUAGAUACAUCUAGUCAAUACACUGUAAAAAUUUUUGUUUUUUGCAAUUGCAAGAAUUCAUGUUUUGUUUAUAUAUUUUUUAAUUAAUAAUAUUCUUAUAAUUACUCAUAGUUUUACUCUGCAAGUCGAUAGCAAACGCGUGAAUUUUUGUACAGCACGUUUGUA